AUGAGGUACCGUCAUGUCCUCCCUGGUUCAAAAAUCGAUGUCAACAUAUAUGAAGGUAAAAAUCUUCAACAUAGCUUGUUUUUAGGAGCAUGGCGGCUAUCUUCAUCACGGUGCGGUUACGAGGAUCGACGUGCAACAGUAUUUUUCACUCGUCAUGAUCUGUACAACCUCGUCGCGACAACUUCCCACCGACAACAUUCACAUCUUCCAAAUGAUAGGCCUCCUGCUAUUAAUAAGUGGGAAUAUCUUCGGCAUCUGCACCGUAUUGUCGCGCAGCCGUUUGUUGCGCCACAGGUUACCUGAU